UCAUAUGACCCGCUCGGCUUCCUGGCUCCGGCCGCCGCCGCCCGCCCGUGUCCGCCAGUGGUGCGCCGCGGCCCCGAGGAGCCGUUGAGGGGUCGGGGCUGAGGCCCGCUCGAGUGGAAGCCGUCGCUGCCGCCGCCGCCGCCGCCGCCGCCGCCCGCCCGCCCGGCCGCCCGCGCGUUCUCCCUCCCGGCCGCCAUCAUGCUGGCGCUCAUCUCCCGCCUGCUGGACUGGUUUCGCUCGCUCUUCUGGAAGGAGGAGAUGGAGCUGACGCUGGUGGGGCUGCAGUACUCGGGCAAGACCACCUUCGUCAAUGUCAUCGCGUCAGGUCAAUUCAGUGAAGAUAUGAUACCCACCGUCGGCUUCAACAUGAGGAAAGUAACUAAAGGUAACGUCACAAUAAAGAUUUGGGACAUAGGAGGACAACCCCGAUUCCGGAGCAUGUGGGAAAGGUACUGCAGAGGAGUCAAUGCCAUUGUUUACAUGAUAGACGCUGCAGAUCGUGAAAAGAUAGAAGCUUCUCGAAAUGAACUACAUAAUCUUCUAGAUAAACCACAGUUACAAGGAAUUCCAGUACUAGUACUUGGAAACAAGAGAGAUCUUCCUAAUGCCUUGGAUGAGAAACAGCUAAUUGAAAAAAUGAACCUGUCUGCUAUUCAGGAUAGAGAAAUUUGCUGCUAUUCAAUUUCUUGCAAAGAAAAGGAUAAUAUAGAUAUCACACUUCAGUGGCUUAUUCAACAUUCAAAAUCUAGAAGAAGCUGAAGCAUCUCCUGAAGUCUUCCAGUCCUUCCUGGCUAUAAUUCUAGAAUUAUUGUCCGUUCCUCUGAAGUACUUCCCAGAAUACGGUCCUUCCUAAACCCAAGAAAUUGCCUUUUUCAGAGUUUAUUUCUCUUGUGCACUGCUGAAGAUGUGUAUCCCUUAUCCUUCAUAAAGAAUCAGCUAGAGUUGUCAUGAUAAAGUCAGCACACACACAAAAGCUUCUUAUACAUACUUGUCUUAAACAGUGCGUAGAGCUUUUUUUUUUUUUUUUUUUUUUUUUAAAGAAAACACACAUUUGACCAUCUUAAAUCAAGAAAAUUGCAUAUUUCUGUUUUGGUCUUUUUGGGCCAGAUUUUUAUAUUGGUUUUCAGUAAAUGUCUAUGAUAUUUCAUUAUAGAGUCCAUUAGCUUAAUACUGAUACUGACUUGAUACAGCAUGAAGUUUCUAGUGCCACACACAGUAUUUAGAAAACCUUUAGCCUGACUCAUGUGGGAUAUAAGCAAAAUGUUUACAUAUCUCACAAAUGCAUGUGAAAUGUAUAAUUACACCUUAGGAAUUUAAAAAAUGGUCUGCAAAGAGCGAGCGGAGGCACCAGAUCAGUGUUGUUAUUGGUUCUUUAGACUGGUGAGAUUAUAUAUGAAUUUUAAAAACAUUCUGCUUUCUGAGAAUUCUUCAUCACCAGAUAGCAGUUGGGGAUAUGGGAGGAACUAAGGCAUGCUGUUGUGUAUCUGUCCAGAUCAUUAUUUCUCUAUUUUCCUUCUUUUCUUUCUUUCUUUCUUUCUUUCUUUUUUUUUUUUUUUUUUUGGUGUGUGGGGGGGCAGGGUUCAACACACUUUUUUAAAGGGUUGGGAAGGAAGAUUUUCUCAAAGGCUUUCAUGAAUUUAGAGCAUUCCAGCCAAUAUAAUAAAAUGUGUAAAGGAUGUCAGACUUUGUUCAAACACCUGUUCUUUCUAUCUCUAGUCCUUAAAUCAGUGCUGCUGCAUGACACUCUAACUCUUGACUUUUUAUAUCCAGUCAUAGACUUUCAGCACAAUAGAUACUUAGAAACAAAUAAAAAUUCUUAUUUUUCUCUCUUAUUGAUGUAAAGUUUGGCACUCUUUUGUCUGGUGCCAUUAGACAUCUUGAUUAUUGUGACAACUCUAGACCUGCCUGCUCUAUCUAAUGUAAUCAUGCGCAACGUCUACAGGUUGUUUAAUAAUCAAUCACAUGGAGAACUGAGGAACUGAUGCUGUGUAUUGUUUGCUUCUAUGAUACGGAGAUGUAUAAAAACUAAAAAACGAACAUGUUUUGUAGUUUAGUGAUGUCCAUAUACAUAAAGGGACAUAUUAAUACUGGUUCACUUGUAAAUUGUUAUUCACAUAAACCACUGUAGUAGAUAAAACUUUAUGCUACACCCGCUUAUGUGUUGCCUCACACUGUGUGUGAUUUUGUUCCUUUUGUUAAGCAGCACUCAUGUAGACAGUGCAUUUCCAAACAUGUUGAGCACUCAAAAGUGCAGUCAACAGUAAGUUCUUUUAAUGAAUACCAGUUUUAAUUUAUAGACUGCCAUGGCCUUAACAAUAUUCUGUACAAAAUACUGCACUGUGUUGCACAGAUACUACUUGGUUUUCCUCCAUUCAUAUUUUUAUGAGUAGAAUCUCAGCUUUUAAAAUUCUGUUCUUAUUCUUUGAAGCAUGUUGCAUACUUCCCUGAUGGGAUGAAUGGUUCUGUAAAUGAAGGGAUAUUUAAACUUGCUACCGUAGUUCAACACCAUUAAUGGUUACCAUGAACCAUUACAAAUAAUGUGGCAAUCUGCUCGUGCCUAAAAGGAGGAAUUGGAACUAAAAUGUGUGACUGUGUGGGGACCGCAUAGGUUCAUUAAUUGACCUAUAGCUAAAACUUAAUGUGUUUCUCUGUCUGUUCAUUGCUUUUAGCAUUCAAGACAUCCAAACUCUAUUACCAACAUUUUCCUGUGCAUUAACUUCUGCAUGUGAAAACCUAACAGUUACUGAACUUUGUAAAUACGUGAUUUUUUUUUAUUUAGGUGAUGCAUUUUUUUUGUCUGUUUACUGCUCUUCUCAGCUUUAUUCAAUAAACUUGCAUUUUGAGGGUUGUAUUGACAAUUUUAACUUAAAAUGUGCAUCAUGAUGGAAGGUGCUGACUUUUUUUGGAAGGGGAUGGGAAGAAAGUUACCAUGAGCAAGGUCCAUAGACAUUGUGCUAGAAAGAAAUCAGCUCAUUUCUCAAAGAAUUGGGGCUACUGGCUAGUUAAAAUAGAAAUAAACUUUUAAAAUAUCCA